AUGUCGAGCUCAACGAGCGGCUACUCUGCCGCGUAUCUAAAAGAGAGCAAAGGCGUAAACAUCCUGGCGCCGAUGUGGACUCUGACUAUGAUCACGACAAGCAUGGUUAUUGCUCGAAUCUAUAUUCGGGUGAAGAUAGUGAAGAAUAUGGGUCUGGAUGACUGGAUAUUUGGUCUCGCUUAUCUAGGCCUCACGACCGCGAAUGUCAUCGUCGGGUAUGGAAGACAUGCCGUGGCAUUAGAUCUUCCUCAUCUCGAAAAAGCCAUUUUGCUAAACACAGUCGGCUUUUUUUUCGGCAUUUUCUCAUUCACGAUUCCCAAGAUUGCAGUAGCUAUCAUGCUGAUUCGAAUCCUUAACCCCAGCAAACUUCACAAAUACUUCAUAAUCGGACUUGUGAGUUUUGCUGCAUGCGUGGUAUCCAUCUGCGUUGUUCUUUUGUUCACCGAGUGCGAUCCCCCUGCAUCUCAAUGGGACAAGACGAUAACCAACUAUACUUGCCGUGAUCCCUGGAUUUUGAUCGACUUUGCUGUUUUCACCGGAGCGCUUUCGGCAUUCAUUGAUUUGUACCUUUCAAUCUAUCCUGCCAUCGUUCUCUGGAAGUUGAACAUGUCCGUGAAGAAGCGACUUGCUUUGAUGUGUGCUCUUGGCCUGGGUUCCAUUGCCGCAGCUAUGGCCAUCGUCAAGUGUACGCAAUUAAAGGGUCUGGCUGACACGGCCGAUUAUACCUUUGGUACUUGGCAACUGGUUAUUUGGACAAAUAUCGAAGCAGACGUCGUCGUCAUGGCAUCGUGCAUUCCCACCCUUCAGCCCUUAUUGGAAUACAUACUUCGCAAGAGCAGAGGCACAAGCUACAACAACAAAUACUUCAACCGACUUGAGAAAGACAGCAGCGGCAUGAAUAACUCGCAGUCUAUCGAAAUGCGUGCACAUCGCAGCAACCGAAGCAAGCAGCAUAGUAUCUCCAUCACUAACGUUGAGCGAGGAGACGGCAGCCAAGAGAGCAUUCUUCCACCAGAAGCCGCCCAGAACCAGAUCCGUCGCACUGAUAAUGUGACUAUCAACUACGAGUCGCGGUCAGAGGAGCCGGCGUCAUCGAAGAUGAGGGCUUGGUAG